AUGGCCUGGUACGACGACGCCCCCGCCGCCGGGCCCUCCUUCAUCGAACGCGCGUUCGAUGCUCCCGAGGACGACUUCGCCCUGCCCGACGCCUUCGGCGCGCCCGCGCUGCCCGCGCAGGCCGCAGCAGAAUCCACGCCCUUCCAGGAGCUCGUCCGGCACUGGAUGAACGAGCGGCACGCGCCGGACAUCCUCCCGGGCCAGGAGGCGCUCCUCGGCCGCCUCCUCGACCACGUGCGCAAGCAGGCGAGCGACGUGCAGAACCUGCGCGCAGACCCGGAGGCGUACGAGGAGGAGCACUUCCGGAUAGUGCUCGUCCAGACGGAGAUUGAACGCGUCAAGUUCGUCGUGCGCGCGUAUGUGCGUGCGAGGCUGCACAAGAUUGAGAAGUACGCACAGUAUAUUAGUGUCACCCCCGAGGCGCAGGAGAAGCUUUCGCGCGCGGAGCUCGACCACGCGUUGAGAUACGCCAAGCUCGUGCAGUACCAUUUCACCAAGUCCGUGCUCGACGGCCUGCCCGAGGCGCAGCGCGGGAUGAACGACAACAUCGCGUUCAUGCCGCCCAUGGUGCCCGAGCCGGACAAGCUGCGCCCCGUGUUCGUGCACGCGCUCGAGCGCUGUCCGCCCGUGCGGCUACCCAACGGGAUGCCGAUGCAGAUGGAGAAAGGCCAGAUACUGCUCACGCCGUUCUACGUUAUCGAGCAACUGCUCGCACGCGGUGAGGUCGAGCUCGUAUGA